GAGUGGUGAAUCUCUGGGAAUUUCGGCUCCAGCGGGUGGUGGAGGCAGAUCAUUCGAGGUAUUUAGGGUGGAGGUGAGGGAUAACAUUUGUGGGAUUGAGGGCCAUGGAGAACUGGCACAGAAAAGGUACUGAGGGGAGUAUUGAUGAGCUAUGAACAUACUGACUAGCAGGGCAGGUUUCAGGGAUCUUGCGGCUACCUCCUCCUCCGAUUUUCUUGUGCCCUUCUGGUGCUAUUUCUGCCCCAGGUAAAUCCCGACCAGGAUACAGCACCCGGCGCGGAAGGAGCGGGGGGACGGGUUUGAGCGUUGCAGCGGGGUGCGUCCGGUGUCCCUCCUUCGGCGUCCGGGUGGUGGGAGAAGGUGGCGGCCGCUGGCAGCCACGUCGCCGAGCCAUGGCCCGCAAGAAGAAGGUGCGCGCCAUCGCCGCCAUGGCCCGCAAGGUGCGCGAGUACUGGGCGCUCAAGUCGCGGCCGCGGGACAGCGAGCGCUUCGCCCUGGACUACGAGACCAUGAAGCGGCCGUACAGCGGCAAGAAGCUGCCGGUCCUGGCGCACCGCGACAUCCGCACCGAGAGCCGCCUCUUCCAGCUCCUCAACCGCCUGCCCCUCUUCGGCAUCGGCCGCCUCGUCACCAAGAAGUCCUGGCUCCUGGCUUACGACGAGCCCUGCUACUGGGUUAUCAACAAGGUCAAGGUGGAUUACACCGCCCAGGAUAUGGACCAUGGAAAAGCAUGGGGAGUGCUAACAUUCAGAGGGAAGACCGAGGACACAGUUAAAGAAAUAGAUAAAGUCAUGUACCAUGAUUGGCGUCUAAUACCAAAACACGAAGAAGAAGCUUUCAAGAGGUUCACCCCUGUUCCUGAGGUGAAUAUCCGCUAUGUCUCUUAUCCUCCUUUGCUCCGUGCCAUGAUACUGGCUCAGAGAGAGAAAAUGGGGGAGCCUACAGGAGAGGAACCCAUGAUUGAUCUACAAAGAAUUCGCCACUUUCCAAAGGACUACUUUAAAAAUCUGGACUCUAAGAAACAAGCUGAGGGCACUGCAGUGUAAUAAGACUAUUACACUGAGAUAUUAAUAGAAUAAAAUGCCAAUUUUCCCCUACAACUUCUGACAUGCUAGUCAUGUUUAAUAAAGUUACUUUUUGUAUCAA